UUAAGGCCAUUAAAAGAGUCCACUAAACUAUUUUGCUAAGAGGAAAAUUCAAUUUAAAAUGUUCGCACCAAUAUAUUUCGACCUAAGGGUAUCGACACACUUUUGCCGCGGUUAUUCCGAUAACUUUUUGCACUAAAAAACCUGCUUCGUCUCUGUUGAAUAUUUUGGCAAACAACUUAUUUGAUGGACCGUUUGGCGAAGGUUUUCACACAACAGGACGAGCUAAUCGCUCCGGUUGCGGCAUAUCAGAAUGAAUAUGAGGCCAUCAAAGCACUCCACUCUCUGCCGGGGGAAAAGAGACAGCAUUUCCAGGAGUUGACGCUCAAGCUGCUUGACGACUUGGAACAGCCACAUAUUAGGGAAUCGUGUGCCGAAAGAUCACGGCAGUGGCGCGAGCAGGGGAACCUCCUAUUUAGAUCCUCUUCGAAGGAUCUUGGUUCAGAUGCGGACGCGGAACGGGUCCUCGGGGCAUGUCGCCUCUACACAAAGGCCGUAUUAGCAGCGGAAGACGCUGAAAGUGAACUCUGUUUGGCAUUUGCUAACCGCGGAAUGGCACUACAGGAAUACGGCUACUACCAAGAGGCAUACGACGACUGUGCAAAUGCCCUGGACUGCGGCUACCCGGUAAAACUUCAGCACAAGGUAAUCUUCCGGCAAGCUCACUGUGCUUGGAAACUGAAACGAAUCGAGCAACUGGCGGAGCACAUACUAUGUUUGGAGAAGUUGGAAUUGAACGAAAGCUUUCGCCAGCAGCUGGAGGAUCUGAAAAGGAGCUUGGAGUUGCUACAAAGCCAGUCGUCGAAUGAUAAAUCAGUCAAUGAUCAAGAGAAGACCGGUCCCAUUCAUGAAAUCGUCACAGAGUCUGGCAGCCGUGGGCGCUACAUGAUUGCCAAAGAAGCCAUACCGCAAGGCAAAAUCAUAUUCAGGGAGCAGGCCACCUGCUUUGUGCCUCUUGAGCAAAGACUGAUUUGCCAGCAAUGCGCAGCCAGCCUGUUGUGCGCUCCCAUUCCCUGUCCGCAGUGUCGGCAGCGAGUUGUCUACUGCUCCAGACAAUGUCGCGAGCGCCACAAACCCAUCCACAAAUUUGAAUGUGCCGCUUACCGCAAAGAUCUGCUCAAGAUGGUAGGCGUUUCGCACUUGGCGCUGCGCAUGGUCCUGAGCUAUAUGCCGUCGAUGCUGCCAAAGCUGCAAGAAUGCCCCGACUCGUCCGAGAUGUGGGCUACUAUCACGACGCUGGCAAAGGGAGCCGACAAUGAAAAUGAGCCGACACCGCAGUAUCUGCAGAGUCUCCGCAUGAUAAGCCACCUGGACAAGGCGCCUCAGGCGGAGCUGGUUUACCACAUGCUCUGCGCCAACCUGCUGCAGCUCUAUUUAAAGGAUUGCACCAACUUCUUCGAUCAGUUCCAGGCCAUGACUGCCCCCAUUGAGGACUGGCACUUGUUUUUAGCCGCUUUGAUUCUCCGUAGUGCCGGGCAGCUCCUGGUUAACGGCCAUGUCGGUGACGCUCUCCUGCCAGUGGACCUGGAGGCCAGCGAGUUUGGCCUACUGCAGCCGGAAAUGUGGUUGAAACCGCGCCACCUUAAGCUGGGUCAAAUGCAUAAUCUGAGCCAAACGGAGCCCCUCACAGCUAUCAAUCUGCCUUAUCUGAGUCUUUGCAAUCAUGCCUGUGCCCCCUCCAUACGCACGAAAUUCGACGGUUGCACGGCGGUCUGCCAGUCGGCGGUGGAGUUAGAAGCGGGUGAAGAGAUUUUCAACUGCUACACGAUGGACUACAAAAGGAGCAUGAUUCGCCAGAGGUCGCAGCCGUUGCAGCAAGUUUACAAAUUUGACUGCAGCUGUGAGAAGUGUACUCGAUCGGAUCCGGACCAGGACUACUUGAAGUUUCAUCGGUAUCGCUGUGAAAAUCCGAACUGCCUUCAAGAAUUUGUGCCAAAGCCACUUCCCCACCAGACAAACCUCAACUGGUGGAUGCACCCUCCGGAUGCAACGGUGGCUUCCGUUUGCUGCCCUGUCUGCAAAGAGACACAAGCCUUUUCGUGGUACAACGAUUUUCUGUGUCUCAUCGACUGCUGUGGUGAGGCCAAAGCAAGGCGAGCACUCUACAAGGCUUUCGAUGGUCUGGACAAGUGGUUGUUGGAACACCACAUCCUGAAAGGGAAGCUGGCGGAAAUGAUCAUCGAAGCAUGCUUUGCUGAGAUGGAUGAGGGCUGCGUUUUGGACGACGUUGACUAUGAGAAUCUAAUGCGAAUUAUCGGGACACAACUGGAGGGCACUGCCGCUCACAGUGGUGGCACCUCAAUGGAGUAUCUCAGCCAGAUGACUUAUUUGUGGGAUCUAUGGGCAUUGAGCAAAUGCAAGCGCAGCGAUCAGCAGCAACAAGAGAUGAGGGGCAAGCUGGAGUACCUGGCCGGUGAGCAGCGAGAGAUCUUCGAGAACUAUUACAACGAUUUUAUUGUGCAACAAUAAGAAUAAAUAACGCUAUGAACUAUA